AUGUCUAAAGUCUGUCAACAAAUCUUUACAAAAUUAUCAAUCAUGUCCGAAAAUAAUAAUAAUACUACUACCGACAAUAAUAAUGUAUUUUACCCUCCACCAUUGGAUAUUUCUGGAGAUUUACAUUUUGAUUUUAUCGAUAUUCCAUCAUCAUGUAUUGCCGCACCAUCGGUCAUUUCAUCUGAACCAUCAACUGUUUGUUCAAACAAAGCCUCGCAUACCAUCCAAAACAAAAAUUCAUGUUCAUCUUGCAAGAAAUUGGUCCAACUCUAUCUGGUAAACACCUUGCAACACAAAAGAAAAAGACAACCACAACAACAUCACAUUCAAUUACAAGUAUCACACCAAUGUAGUAAUUCAUCAAAGGUCAUUUCAAAAAGCUAUUCAUCUAGCCCAAAACAAAAAGUUUAUAGACAAUUAAUUUAA